CGCCUCAAGCUUUUGACGACGAAUCUUUGACCGGUUUCUCAAUUGCAAACAACAGGAAUUGCUGCUGCCCAACAUGGGAGAAAUCAAACGCCGCAAGGUUGCUCACGAAGAGCAGCCUAAGAAAAAGCCACACCACACAGAAAAAGAAGAUUCGCCCGUCUCGGAGCCCGAAUCCUCCAAAGAGGAAGAAGACAAGCCUGCUGAAGAAGCUGAAGAAGAAACACCAAAGACAUUCAAAGAGCUGGGAAUCGUUGACGCCCUCUGCGAAGCAUGCGAAGCCCUCAACUAUAAAAGCCCGACCGCCAUCCAGGCCAAGUCCAUCCCUGUCGCCCUCCAGAACCGCGACAUCAUUGGUCUUGCCGAGACCGGUAGUGGUAAAACAGCCGCCUUUGCCCUGCCCAUGCUGCAAGCUCUUCUCGACAAGCCCCAACCUCUUUUUGGCCUCGUCCUCGCUCCCACGCGUGAACUGGCUGCCCAGAUCGGCCAGUCCUUCGAGGCCCUCGGUGCCAUGAUCUCACUGCGCUGCGCCGUCAUUGUCGGUGGUCUCGACAUGGUCCCCCAGUCCAUUGCUCUCGGAAAGAAGCCUCACGUCAUUGUCGCCACGCCAGGCCGUCUCGUCGACCAUCUCGAAAAGACAAAGGGCUUCUCGCUGCGCACGCUCAAGUUCCUCGUCAUGGACGAAGCCGAUCGUCUUCUCGACAUGGACUUUGGCCCGAGCAUCGACAAGAUCCUCAAGUUUGUGCCGCGCGAGCGCCGAACGUUCCUCUUCUCCGCCACCAUGAGCUCCAAGGUCGAGUCUCUGCAGCGCGCAUCCCUCCGCGACCCCGUCCGCGUCAGCAUCUCUUCCAACAAAUACCAGACCGUCUCGACCCUCCUCCAGCACUACAUGUUCAUCCCCCAUGUGAAAAAGGACACCUACCUCAUCUACCUUGUCAACGAAUUCGCAGGCAAGUCUUGCAUCAUCUUUAGCCGCACCGUCAUCGAGGCGCAACGAGUCGCCAUUCUCCUCCGCACGCUGGGCUUCGGCGCCAUCCCCCUCCACGGACAGCUCUCGCAAACUGCCCGUUUGGGCGCACUAAAUAAGUUCCGCGCGGGUACUCGCGAUAUCCUGGUAGCUACGGAUGUUGCUGCUCGUGGUCUGGAUAUCCCCAAGGUCGAUGUGGUCCUCAACUACGAUCUGCCCCAGGAUUCCAAAACAUAUAUUCACAGAGUCGGCCGUACCGCCAGAGCUGGUAAAUCUGGUGUGGCCAUCAGCAUGGUUACGCAGUACGAUAUCGAACUCUACAAGCGUAUAGAGGCUGCCCUGGGCAAGGAGCUCGUCGAGUACCCUGCCGAGAAGGAGGAAGUCAUGGCUUUCCAGGCCCGCGUUGAAGAGGCACAGCGUCAUACUAGAGUAGAACUCAAGGCCGCCUUGGAGGGUGGAAAGGGCAACUUCAAGAACAGACGUAGAGAAAAGAGAGGUCGCGACGAAAUGGACAGAGAGGAUGGUUAGAUGUCCGUCUACCACUGAUCCAAUUGUAUAAAAACAAAACGUAUGAUGUAUACACAAGAACAAAUAAUCAAAAAGAAAUUUCAAAACAACCUGUCUCUAAACGGCAAAAUAACUCUCGCCUAUUUUUUUCCUAAAUCAAUGCAACCAAUCCGUGCGCCAGUUUCGCUGUAAUUGUACAAAAAAUCCACAUCUCUAGAAACACAAUCCAAGCAUACCAGAAAUGGCACCAUGUAGGUCUAUUCCUCCUCCUCCUCCUCUUCCUCUUCUUCCUCUCCGCCUUCUGCAUCAACCAUCUCGGUGUCUUCUUCUCCCCCCUCUUCCUCUUCCUCUUCGUCGCCCUCCUCAGCUUCUUCCUCAUCUCCCUCAUCGGCUUCUUCACCAUCCUCAUCUCCCUCCACUUCGUCGCCUUCUUCAUCUUCCUCCUCAUCUCCCUCAUCGGCUUCUUCUUCACCAUCACCUUCUUCUUCUUCCUCUUCUUCCUCCUCACCAUCACCCUCGUCUUCCUCUUCACCUUCUUCAUCACCCUCUUCGCCUUCUUCUUCAUCACCCUCUUCGCCUUCUUCUUCGUCACCCUCUUCUUCUUCUCCUUCUUCUCCUUCUUCUCCCCCCUCUCCUUCGUCCCCUUCUUCCACCUCUUCGCCUUCUUCACCUUCUUCAUCUAGUUCGCCUUCUACCUCUUCGCCUUCUUCGUCGCCCAUCUCCUCGUCACCUUCUUCACCGAUUUCAUCUCCACCUUCAAGGUCUUCAUCAUUUUCAAGAGCUGUUUCGCCGUCAUCUUCAGCCUCUUCUCCUUCAUCCUCACUAUCUGCAUCUUCGCCGCUUUCGUUUCCACCCUCCCCAAUAUUCGGAACGACCAAACCCUCAGGCAUCUCUUCAUCAUAGCCUUCGGGUACAUCGCUUAGGUCGCUGUCGUCUGAAUCCAAGAGAGCAGUAGCAUCGGCAUCCUGCAUCGAGGCGUCGAAAGACUCACCAGCCUCCCGUCUGACUUGAGCAUCAGGGCUUUCAUCAUCGCUGCCCGAAUCGCUAUGGGCUCGGUUCGGCGUCUGACUUCCUCGCUUGCCGCUGGACAUGCUGCCUUUACGACUCUUUGUAGUAGCAGACUUGGGUGGCUCUGUUGCUCUAACAACCGCUUGCUCGGCUUUGCGUAACACAUCUGGUCUUCGCACACCGAGGCGUCUCGCAAUCUUGGUAAUGUCCGUCUUCUCUGUGUCCAUUGGAGUUGCAGUACCUCCAGCGCUAUCAUUGGCAGCCUCCGCAUUCAAAAGGUUGUCAACUGCCGCAGGCUUUGGUUCAGCACCAGCAACAUCUUCCACGCGGGCAGCAAGCUCCUUGGCUUGGUUGCGUUGCUCGAGAAUUUUGGCAGGGCUCUCACCAGGAAGACUAUCGCCAAUCUCCAGAUAGAUUCGUGAAUAACAGUCAUUGAUCAAGUCGUCAAUCGGAGCGGCCUUCAUCAAAUUGCCGUUGAGCUUUUUGAAUUCGACAGCCUCCUUCAUACAUGCGAAGGCGGCAAUGUUCGCUUCAUCUCCACCGGCCCAUUGGGUAAUGCGUUCGCUGACAAUUUCGAACUCUUCAAUAGAGAGUGCCUUGAAGGCGUCGUCGACAACAGGCUCAAUCUUGUGCGCCUUGCGCAGCAUAUCGAGAUACGCGACGGAUGAGUAUUGCCACAAGUCAUUAAAAUGGUAAAAGUCAGCGCCUCGUUUUCGAAGUCGUCUAAGGAGCAGUUCAAGAUCGAUGUGGUUACUCAAAAUAACGAGAAUUUUCGUGACAAAGCGCACAUAUUGCUCUGUGAACACAUAGUGUCGUCCGGGCCGUUCUGCCUCGCACUUCCAAACAUUCAUCACCAUCGUCUUGGUGAACAUGUUUUCUCGUAGGAUAGCAAAGGCCGCCUUUGCUUCGACAACGCCGUUGCUGUUCUCAGUAGAAGCACCGUCAUCGAACAAGAUUUUAGCGUGUCGCAUUACUAUGCGGUGCUGCCAGUUGGACUUGUCUUUGUCGCUGAGCUUUGUCAGAUUUCGGAUAAUGUACUCCUCCCAGUCCUCUGGUUCAGAGAAGGAGGCAUACACAUCGUCGUCGUUGACUCUUACACCCAGUGGCAUCUUGGCAAGGAUAUCGGCUGCUUCCCUGGCAGGGAGCUUCUUGGAUAUAACAAGUUUGUGCAAAACGGAGACAAUUUUAUAGUGAGGCUCCAGGAUCAAAUCGCGGUCGCGAGACUUGCGCCGGGGGUGUGAAACCUCGAUUGCCUUCUUGAGCGACUCCAAAACCAUCUCUUUGGUGAUUCUAGAGGUCUUAUCUCGGUCAUCGAGCUGGUCUUCGGGUGUUUCAUACAUCUUCCACAAGCACUUGCUCAACAUGUAAUGAUUUUUCCAGUUACCAGGCUUGCGCUCAAUGGCGAGCUUGAAGAGCUUGGCGGCGAACUUCCAAAUCUUGUAUCCCGUCAUCUGAUCGUGAGUAAUCUUCUUGAAGGUGUUGUUACCCAUAUUCUCGAUGAAAAAUCGCUCUUGGUCAGUGUGGAUAAAAGGUUCCAUGGCAAAUGGCUCUCUGCUAGAUGAGUAGAGUCGCAAUCCAAACUUGUAGUACAAGUCGUGCAAGGCCUCAACAUCCUUGCUUUCAAUCUCAGCAUUGCGAGAGUUUGACAAAGCCAAUGUGUAGCAGUGAAUUGCAUUACGCUGGAAUUUGACUAGUUCGGCUCUGUCUUUGUUCAUUUUUUCAGCCGACCAGAGAACUGCUUCAUCAAGUUCGUAGUCAAAACACUCGGCCAGACGGAACCAAGCAUCCCAUCGGUCUGCAGUGAAUUGAAGCUGCAGCCGAAGGAAGGUUGAUCCAAUACGCAAGUCAUCUGUUGCACCCGGUGUUUGUCUUCGAUUCAGAUCAACACCCUUAAACUUAGUAAGAGCCAACAUGCCCAGCAAGAAGAACCACCCAUGUUCAGCAAGAUCAGCUUCGGGGAGCUUUAUCGAUACUGAGUCAAUGGAAACACUACCGGUAAGCGCCCGGUAUAGUCGCAACGGAUGAAUAGGCUUCUUCAGCAACUCCGUAAAGUUACGCAUGUUGUGGAUCAUUUGUGGUGUCGACUUCGUUUGUCCAAUAGUCUGCUGCAUGUGAUCGAUAGUGGUCUUGAGAUCCGACUUCAACAAAUCUUUAAUGGGCAUUCGGUUGGCAAGCACUAUAACCUUUUCAACGAGCUGCAUAGCCUGACGCUUCUCCAGCUUCUCUGUAGUACAACCAUGAUCCGCAACUUCCCAGAGACCAACUCCAAGUUUCAACCCGUAAAGGUCAUAAAGAACCUGGCCAAUAUAAUCUUCCCAGUUUUCAACAUUCUUAACCUUGAGAAGCUCCAUUCGCAUGACUUUCAGAAACACUUUGUUUGAUGCUUUGCAGAACUUUCUUAUUCCAAUACACAGAUGAACAGCCGCCAAAAAGUUGAUUAGGUCUGGUUCCGCGUUCAAAGUCGAUUCGCUCAUUGGCAGUGCUGCUUUGAAAACGGUAUAGAGCAAGCACCAGUUGCGAACCUGGAUAUCGCGGAGCUUGGAAAGCUGCGACUGAAAGGUUGAGUUGCUUGUUGGUAUGUUCAAUAAUCCAACCUUGAUCUCAUCUUCCAACAUUGAUACAUUGUGCACCAGAGUGGCAAUUCUGACGAGGGCAGAGACAGUAUGCUUGAUUUCGUCUUCACCAAUGAUGUCAAAAGCGGUGGCAUCAUUAACGGCCAUAGACAGCGCUUGGACAAUCAAGUCAUCCAACGCUUUCAAAGUUCGCAUAAAGAGGUACUUGCGUGAUUGAUCCUGCAUACCUGCAUAGGAUGAACCUUCGAGGUCAUUGAUGACCAUCUCAAUGGCUUUCAAUAGGCACGCAAAACGCUUUGUUGGAUAGCUGAUGGCUUCAUAAGCGUCACCAAGACGAGACCAGAGAAACAAGCGCAGCUCUGUGCUGCUGUUCUCAAGAAAUUUCCAGAGAUCUUGCAUUCCUUGACUGGCGCAUUCAGAUAUAGGCUUGCCUUCAUCUUGAGUAGGGGCCUCAUCAGCGUCCUUGUUGGCAGCGCCAUUGCUUUCUUUCUCGGUGGUGGGCUCAUCCUCCUUACUUGACACUUGUUCGGUUUCUUUCUUGGACUGUUCAUCUCCGUUCUCUGCGGCUGGUUUCUCAAUGGAUGCAUGCACGGACGAGGGAUUCAAUACCGGCUCCAAUGUGUCAAUAACCUGAACAGGGUCUUUCAUAUCUUCUUGGAACAGACUCAAGAAAAAGUCCAUGGUUGUAAGCUUGGAUAUUUCUCUAUCGGCUGCGGCAGGAGAGAUGGUGUCCAUGGCAACAUUAUUAGGGAGUAAUAUUGUGUCAACAUCGGAUUCUGUUAAAAAGUCUCGUAAGGAAGUCCACAUGAGCAAAAUAUGCUCUCUGACUGGAUCUUCUGUCAGGGAUGAUAUAAUGACAGAUGCCCACAGGAAGCGAACAGAAAGAGGAUCAUCCGCCGGUUGGUCAAGUCGAACGAUGAAUGAUGAGGCAAGGCUUAGCCAGCGGUCCAGGCGAUACUUGGUUUUCAACUUCGUCGCAUAAUCAACGACGCUGGUGGGGUUCGUUAUUCGCUCGUAAAUAUCAAGGUGCAGCUCAAAAAUCAUGGGUAGGAUGGUUUGGAGUCCAUGCGAGGAUUCUAAAGGUCCCUGCAGCUCGCGUUCUAUACGAUCAUAGAGGAUAGCGUCAAAGGUGUUAAGCAUUUGAACAACAGCUUCUUUCAAACCCACAGACCACUUUCGCUCUGCGUAUAUCAGGCUCAUGGCGCCGAUCCACUCAUACGCAAUAUCGGCAGCAGUAAGGGAGUCCUCUCUCUCUUGGACUAACUCAGCAAAACGUCGAAGGCCUCGGCUCUCUUUGAAAGGUUUGCUGGGUGUCUGGUCUUGGGAGGAAGAUUUGGUGUGUUCCAGAAAUGACGAAAGACUUAGGACAGGAGCUUCCGCAUUGCUCAGAAGUACUUUGGCGACAUCGACAUUAAAGUCUGUGAAGACGCUUCGCAAGUCUUGGGCCACCUGCCGCGAAGGGUUCACUGGCCGAUCCUCAGCACUGCAGUUGUCAAGAGAUUCCUGAAUAGACUGUAGAGCAAUCUCAUCCUGAAUGCCUAGACUUUCAAAGAUGGUCUUGGUUUGGUUAAACAGAUUAAUAUCAGAUUCCUGGAAUGGCUGUAGCUGGUUUGAAAUUAGCAGAGCUGGGUCUGCAGGCUCAUCUGCGCUCGUCAUGUCUGUUCGGCGGCGGACACGCUUGCUUCGUUUCUCAGUGACUUCUUCUUCACCACCUUCGUUUAUACCUGCCACAGACUGUGAUCGCUUGCGAGACGGGACAGAACCUGCGCGUUCCUUUUGUGAGUCAUCAUCGCCAGCUUUCAAAUCGUCGUCAGAUGCAUUCGAUGCCUUUCGUUUAGCGUUGUCGGAAUCUUCUUCAGCGCUCGGCUUUUCCCCCGAAGUGGAAUUGCCGUCCUUUUCUUCAACGAGAAUAUCGUCUUCAGAUGACUGAUCCUGCUCCUCAGAAACAUCAUCCAAUAUUUUGCGACAAGACUGGAUCGCUGCUUUGGUAUCUUCCACAUGCUUCAUGAGCUGGGUCGCCAGCAUAGACCAUGAAGUGAUGCUCUCUGGCUCGUUCUCUUCUGUCUCUUCCUUGUCUUCUCCUUCUUCUUUCAUUUCAACGUCGACAACUUGGAUGGGACUUGAUGGAGGCGGGGUGAGUGUUGAUGUUGGGUCAGGUAGGUAUGGGAGAGGGUCGAUAAGGCGUUUGAGGAGAGUAGGCAUGUUCUUCACCACCCAUGGUUUCAUACUAGGAUGCGAAAGAGACAUUUUAUCGUCGAGAACGUGAAGAUGUUCCUUAAGCUGCUCGCCCGCCCACCCCUCGGCGAGGGAUGGAGGAUCAACGUCGUCCACUGUCGGAUCGUCAUCGAGUUCAAUCGCCGAUUCUAAACAAUAUCGCUUUAUUCUUCCGCUGUUCAUAGAAGCUGCAAAUCUGGCUAAUCUUCGCCACAGCUCAGGAUCAGACGGGUCUUGGUCGAGCGCCCGCAGCCAGUUGUCUAGCACUUCCUGGCUGUCCUUGUUGUACGCGAUUCUGCCUGACUGGUUCUCUGUCGCUUCAUCUUUGCCGCGUGCAUCUUUGAGUUUGUCCAGAAAGAACUGGCCGUAAUUCUUAUACGACAAAUAGAAUGCCUGUGAUAAACUGGCGACAACACCGUCUGCGCCUCCGGCUUCUGCAUCAAGAGCAGCUGGCAUUACCUCGGCUGCUACAGUGCCGGUUUGGUCUGUCAUUUGCAUCUCAUUUCGUUCGUAAUCGGUCUUCGCUUCUCGGUAUUUGAAGAUUUCGGAAUCAAAGAGUUCACUAUAAGCUUCUUCAGCCUGCGCCCUUGAUUGGGCACCCUGGGCGUGCAGGCGCAACGCCUUCUGAAACUGCUUGAGAGCCUCGUCUACCUAUAGAUUGCGUUAGAUAUUGAACGAUAGAAAUGAUGAUGCAGCGCAUGAACCGUACAUGAAGCUCCUUGGUGGUGUCGAGUUGGUCUUCGGCAUUGUCCUCGGGCUCGAGGUUGAUGGCCUGGAAAGACGGCUAUUGCGAGAUGGGUUAGCAGGUUGAGAUUGUGCAAUGGCUGUGAUUAGGUAUACCAUGAUGGAUGCCAAUAAACUGAUAUUCCCUCACACCUCAUUCGGCCAUGGAAUUAGCCGUUGAAUCGAUG